AGUCGCGAAGCAGUGGAUGGAGAUGAUUCGGAUUUUGCGUGGGGACUGUGGGGAAAACGGGGCAAACAAGGUGAAGCCGGCGGUGGUUCUUUGGAUGAGAAAUUUCCGAGCGGCUUGGGACUUGGAGAUGGGAGUAGCACCGAUGAGUUAUGACAUGGAAGAGGGGACGCUGGAGAUCGGCAUGGAGGAUAGGACCGUCUCUCGGUGUUGCUUUGGGCCGUUGGUUACACUCGACAAAGUCAAGGGACCAAAGUAUCAAGAGAUAGUAAAUAUCCACUUGGGUGAUGGAAUGACUAGACGUGGGCAAGUCCUUGAAGUUGAUGGAGAGAAAGUUGCUGUGCAGGUUUAUAAAGGUACUUCUGGGAUUGAAAACAAAUACACCAUUGUGCAAUUCAUUGGCGAGGUUCUGAAAACACUUGUGUCCUUGGAUACGCUUGGGUUCAUAUUUAAUGGUUCUAGAAAGCCCAUUGAUAAUGGCUCUCCAAUUCUGCUAGAGGCUUACCUGGAUAUUUCUGGAAGUUCUAUAAAUCCCAGUGAAAGAACCUACCUAGAAGAGAUGAUACGAACAGGAAUUUCCUCCAUUGAUGUAACGGAUUCCAUAGCUCGUGGACAAAAGAUCCCACCUUUCUUUGCUGCUGGUCUUCCUCAUAACAAAAUAGCUACUCAGAUCCGCCAGGCUAGUCUUGUGAAGCGAUUGGAGAAGGCUGAUGGUAUUACCAAGAUAUAUGUUGCAUUUUUGUUGUAUACCGAUGUUAUAAUACCUUGCUCUAUGAGUUUUAUUGCCUCGAUAAUUUAA